AUGACGGAAGACAGCGAAGCCACGAAGCCUCAAGGCGGCGAGAUCGCCGUCGAAGAAGGCGCAGACGACUCUCUGAAAUCGGAGGUUCCACCGUCUCCGUCGCCCCCUCCGGCUAUAUCCCUCAACAUCUGGCCGCCAUCACAGCGGGCGCGGGAUGCCGUGAUCCAUCGCCUGAUCGACACGCUCUCCUCCCCCUCCGUCCUCACGAAGCGCUACUGCGUCGUCCCCGAAGAGAUGGCGGCCGCCACGGCCCGCAUCAUCGAGCAGGAAGCCUUCGACGCCGCCAACUCCGGCAGUGGUCGGGAAGUCGCUUCCAUUGACGAGGGACUGGCAGUCCUCCAGAUCUACUCCAAGGAUAUCAGCAAGCGCAUGAUGGAUUUCUUAAAGUCGAAGCCCUUGCCAGCCUCAUCUGCGCCCACCACCGAGGAAGCGGUUGACAAGGCGGUUUCUGUGCCAGCUGAAUCUGCCACCACUACUGAAUCUGCCAUCACUGCUGCUGGUGGUGACGAAGAGGCCUCGUCCGUCGAACAAGAGUCCGCGUCCAUCAUCGAACAGGAGUCUGCGUCCGUCUGA